GGUAAGAAGCAAAAGCUGUGAAGAAAAUGAUAGCAACGUUUGACGAAACAUCAGCCUCCACCACGUAGCUACAAAAUCUAAUUGAACUCCCUCCGUCUAUCCCCCACGCGCCGCCUGAAUCCGCCAUCGAUGGGCGCCCAAGAACCCGAAGAAGAAAGAAAAGCGGAGAGGGAGAGAGAUGUGGAGAAAGGGGAGAUGGGUCUUGGAGGAGAAGACCGCCGGAGACACCCGCCGCCGUCACAGCUUCAGCCGCCGGCGACGACUCAAGAUUUCAACGUGUCAAGAAUGCAACGGCUGAGUGCCACCAACCCUCUCCGGCUUGUCAUGGACAAUGCCGUCAGAGUCGCCUCGCCUUCUCCGGCUCAGCCGCCUCGCCGUUUCCAUUCUCCGGCCCCUCCUCCUCCUCCUCUUUCUCAACCGCCUUUCUCUUCUCCGGCCGUCGCGCCCCCGCCUCCUCCUUCUCAGCCGCGCUCCAUCCCAGACACAACGGUUACUCCCCAACUGCAGCAACCAUCUGUGGUUACACUGAAUUCAAGAUCGUACACAAACAAGUUUUCAUUGAUUCUGUUUCUUGUGCAUCUGGUUGGGGCAAUUGGGCUAGUGGGGUUUCUUGUGUUUAAGGGAGUUCAAGGCCUAAUAGAAGCAGGGGAGGCCAAGGUUAAGGAAGAAAGGCUCUUAAAGUAUUUUCUUCCCCAAGUGGAAGCUGCAAGUUUUCUCAGCAUAACACUUGCCCUCUUAUGGCAAAAGGGUUUCCGAAUGUGGCCCAAAUUCAUGGUCCAUUUCAUUCUGUGGAGUUCUUUCAUCCUCACGUUUGCAGCUGGGAUCAUGCUCAUCUGUUUCCAAAUGCCGUCCACGGAUGGAUUAGGCGUCGUUUUCAUUUUCUUCGCAAUAGGGAAUGGGCUAUAUUCGUGUUGGGUCACCCCAAGAACGGAUUUUUUCUGUAGAGUAAUGAUCAAGGCCCUAGAACCCGUCCCUAAAUUCGGGGAUUUGAAUGCACCCACUUACUGGAUGCUUGGUGCGGGGUUCGUUUGGAUGUCGCUUUGGAUUUUGGCUGUUGUGGGCGCCAUCAACUUCUAUCUCCCUCCAUUGGUCAUCAUCGCACUGGUGUUGAGCAUGGCUUGGGUCGCCGAGGUGAUGAGGAAUGUGGUGAACUUGACCGUUAGUAGGGUGGUCGCGCUCUAUUACCUAAGGGGGAUGCAAUCGCGCACCAAGUUUUGUUUCCAAAGAGCUUUGUCCAACAACCUUGGGAGCGCCUCCCUCGGAUCCCUUUUCGUGCCUGCUAUUGAGGCACUGAGGAUCGUCGCGCGUGGUUUGAAUUUGUUGGAGGGGGAGGACGAGUUCAUGUUUUGUUGCGCUCGUUGUGGCCUCAAAAUCAUGGACUCCAUCUUCAAGCGCGGCAAUGGCUGGGCCUAUGUCCAGAUUGCUGCAUAUGGAAAGAGUUUUGUGAAAGCAUCUCAAGACACAUGGGAGCUCUUCAAGAGGCGGGAGAUGGAGCCGAUUGUGGAUUCCGACAUGACGAGCGCCAUUUGCUUCCUCACCGGAAUUUGCAGCGGCUCUAUUUGUGCCAUCGUCGUUGCCGCUUGGACCGCCACCGUCUACCGCAACUUCACUGCCACCCUCUCCCUCUUGGCUGCCUACAUUGGUUACCUUUUGACGAUGAUAGCAAUGGCGGUGCCACAAGCAUGCGUGAGUUGUUACUACGUUUGCUACGCAGAGAAUCCAGAAAUCCGGAUUUUCGACAAGACGAUCGAAGAGCGGAUAAGAGCUAUAAGAGAGGGACAGAACAUGGUGGCGCCGACCCCGAGGGUUCCCGGCCGGUUUGCAAGGCAAUACUUCAGAUAGUAGUAAUUAAUCCAUGUUGGACGGAUUCUUCAAACAAGUGCCAUUUUUCUAUCCCCGAACAUUCCAGUUUGGGUACGUGGAGGCGUCCCGACACCCAAAUUCUUUGUAAAAUUUUUUUAAAAAUUGGGUUUUUUUUCCUCGUUACAACUUGGUAAUUAAUUAAUGCUCUGAUUUCAGCAGCUAAUUAACCCUAC